AUGCCCUCUUCCAGAAUGAUCACUUACGAGAGCGGUCAGCUCAACUUCCUCGUUGGAAACCAACAACAGCUCUUGAAAGUAUACCCAGUCAAAGUCGAAUAUGACGAAGACUGUGUCAUCAUCUCUGGGCAUACCGCCUUCGCCCACCCUGAGCUCGACUUCCCGCCAAUGCUUCAAAUCAUCAUGCGUGACCCUCGUUACGCCGGCGACCUACGCAAGCAGCUGGGCCUGAAGCCAUGGACAGUGGAAACUGAACAGAGCUUGCUCGCAUACAUGGCGGCCGACGGGUAUGACGCUGAUAUCAACACCUGGUCUAGGGAACCAAGUUUGCUCUUCGAACACCUCCGUCGGGGCCCGUUGCAACAUAGAGAGGCCUGCUUCCGAGCACUGCUGAUCAUGCUUCAAACAAAGGACGCCCGUUCCUAUGAUCAUGCCUACAGCAGCGUCCAGGGACUCGGCGAGCCUGCACGGUCAUGCUUCUCAAAGUACCUGGGUAGCGUCAGCCUGGACCUAUCCACCAGCGUCUACGGGCAGCCGCUCAUCGUCUAUGGCACUGUCACAGAGUUCGUUCCAGGCUUCACCGCCGAUGAGCUUUGCGAGCAUAUCCCACGCCACCUAUGGCAACGCACCAUCUCUACCAUCAUCAGCACCGUCCACACCGUCAUCACGAAUGCUACCCGGCUGCGCCAUGACAAGCUCCAAGCCAAGCACUUCACCAUGUCCUACUGCUACAACAAGGGCGGUGUUGGCUCCCGUAUCGUGCUCACGAACCUCAAUGGCUUCCUCUGGCAUGGUAGCGACCAUGACCCAAGCUACAACAAGUUCAUCGACCUGGCUAAGGCUCAGGGAAAUGUAUUUGACCAGCUUCUUCAACAGGUUGAUGACAAGGGAGUGGUUCUAGAGGAUGCCGACCUCAUUGUCUGGGGCACAGGCACCUGA